ACAAGUGGGAACCACAGCGGAGUUCUGAUGUGGCAAGAAUAUCUGACGGAGUGAAUUUUAUUUCUGCCCUUGUACGCACACUGAACAGUGGCCAUGGCUGCCACUAUCGGCUUCGCAGCACCGUGGGUUCUAAAAAAAGCAGCGAAUGGUUUUGCUCGUUCUUAUGUUCCUCUUAUCAACAGCACGUUCUCUCCCUACAAAACCCUCCGUUCUUUUCCUUUCACCUCUGCUCUUACUUUUCCAGCUUCAGGAUUAUGCCAUGUAGCACAAGCCAUAAGGGGCGAUGAUAAACAUGCUAUUGAAGAAGUGAAACAUAUUCUAGAAAUGGCUAAACGAGCAUCAUCUAGAAGAGAAGUUCUCCAUACCAAUUUUCUUACUCCUCCGGUUCUUAAGGAGUCAAUGCUCACAUUGGAAAAACUAGCUGACAUUAGAGCAGUUGCUCAGGGAGGAUACCCUCAGGCUGAGCGUUGCCGGAUUUCUAUUGGACAUCCUGACGUACUAACAAGUGAUCCAGAUGUAGUUGCAGCAUUGAGUGUCACGGGGAAUUUUGCAUUUCAACCUUGUUCUCACGGUGACUACCUUGGUGCAAUUCUUGGUACAGGGAUUGCCAGGGAGAAGCUUGGAGAUAUUAUCUUGCAGGAAGAGAAGGGAGCUCAAAUCCUCAUUGUCCCUGAACUUGUUGAUUUUGUUAUAUCCUCAUUAGACAAGGUUGGUAAUGUUUCAGUCUCUUGCACGAAGAUACCUUUAAUAUCUCUUGAUUAUGAACCACCAAGGACUCAGUCAUUUAAAACUGUAGAAGCAUCACUACGGGUCGAUGCUCUAGGCAGUGCUGGAUUUAAGAUUUCACGAUCAAAACUUGUUGACUCAAUAAGUAAAGGGGAGGUGCGUGUCAAUUGGAGCCCUGUUUCUAAAAACAACACCAUUCUCAGGACUGGUGAUGUUGUCUCGGUUAGUGGAAGAGGAAGAUUAAAGGUAGGAGAAAUAAAGACUACACGCAAGGGAAAAUUUGAAGUAGAGCUCAUUCGAUAUCUAUAAGACUUGGCAAGAAGUAAACUCUCUGAAUCAUUUUCAUGGAAUUCAGUGUUCUCUUACAAGUGACAUGUUGUCCUUCCUUGGACUCCGGGCUUUCGAUCUCUAUGCCGCGAAGUGGUUUCCCUGUGAGAGCAGAAGCUGUAUCAACUUCGAACGUUAUUAGCAAGCUUCAAUGUUAACAUGUUGGUGGGUGAGGGCUGGUGAUGAUGAACAACAUAUUGCAAUUGUAGUGUUGACUAUCAAUAAUAUUAAUUAACUGGAAAGGAAGGAAAAAAAAAAAAUCCGUCCUUGCCUAAUAAAGGCCUUAAAUUCUUUAAA